UUAUCAUGAGCGCUUCUCAGUUGGGUGGCAAACGCCGAAACAACACUGACGCCGACCGUUGCCAACCCAGUUUUAUUUCAGUCGACGGAGUGUUUCUACUGUCUUUGAACGAGUUAACAGAGGACCAGGCAACUGUGUAUUGACCGAAAGGGAGACUCCGCUGGAAUUAAGAGGCCGUGGGAGAAAGAAUGGCAACCAUGCUCCGGCUACUGUCGCCAUCCUAGCUUCUAUGGAUGGCCAUAGCAUCACCUCAACUAUUGGCAAAAGCAGGCGCGAAUCUGGCGACCAGUUCCCUGAACAUCGAAGAGAUCACUCAGGUCAUGAGAGAGGACGACCCCACCGGUCAGGACCACCGCAUCCGCGUCACCAUAUCGGAGCACGACCCAUUGGACGACGUCGUGGAAUGGAAACUCUUCCUGCAUUCCAACGAUGAAGGGGCCGUCACUUACAAGAUCCCAGCAGACGGAGAAAACCCUUCCACCCAAACAGAAUUCGUCUUCAAUGGUAACCUCGUGAACUCGGACUCCUACCUGCUGCAGGCGAUGGAUCACUCGGAGGACAUUGCCAUGGACUUUAAGGUGGUGGCGAUCACGGAUCUGAAGACGAGCUUAGCCUGGGUUGGUGGGGAAAGGGAAUCGCCAGCUUCCUCACUAAGGAUAGUGACCAGCGAGCAAGUGGGGGGAACAUCACUGUGGAUGGAAACGUCUGCACGUACGAUGACUAUCCCUGCUACAUAAUACCCCAGAAAACGAAGCCGUCAUAUAUCAGGAGAUUGUGUCAAUAUUUCCGUAUCGUCUGAUGAGGUGAUGAGGCAUUGCGAUGAAAGGGUUGCGUUGUACAAGGAAAUAGGAGAAACACUACCAAUCGAACUUCAAGAAGACGGAAUCCUCACAGUUGAGUUUACAUACCCAGGGAAAUACAUCUCAGCGGAAGUGGUGGCUUACGACCCCAAGAACAAAUCGAACGUGUUCUCAGAGUACCCUUACAAGUGCAGAUUCCCAACCGGCCAGAUCAGGAAAAAGGGUGACAAGACAGUGUGCCGUCAUACCCUGACCGUGCCCGAGGACCAAAAAGAAAUGAUGGUCCUCAUUGUGGUCAUUGAUGAAGAUGAUCUUGUGGAGAGGUCGGCUCUCCAGUACUUUGACAAAAAAGCAGCGUCUAAGCUCAGCAUCGAGAAGGUAAGCUGGGUCAUGAAAGAAGACGAUCCCACGGGCGAGGACCACAACGUCAGGGUCACGUUCAGCCACCAGUCUCUCCCCUUCGUCGAGAAGUGGUCGCUGACUCUUCACAAGAACUUCAGGGACCUCAUCACCUACACAACCGACGCCGACGGGAGCAACCCAAGCACUCAGACGGAAGUGGUCUUCGAGGGGAGGCUGGUGGAAUCUGAUGCCAUUGCCCUCCGCGCCUUGGAUUCUGAUGGCAAGAUGCUCGCCCUCGAUUUGCUCACAGUAGAUAUUCCAGAAAUAAAGUCUCAAGUGACGUGGGUCGGAGGAAAGAAAGAAAAAUCCCUCCGAGUGACGACAAGUGACAACUUCCCUGAGAUUCAUGUGGGAGACGAGGUCUGCACCAAAAAAACAAGUCCAUGUUACUACAUUACCCCAUCAGGAAAAUCUUCUUCAGUGGAUAGCUGCGUCACCAAAUACUUACAACAAGACAGAGUCCUGCAGAUGUGUGAUGAGAGAGUGACUGAAAUUCCAGAAAUCAGCCCAGAGCCAUCAGUAUCCGUCACAGAAGAGGGCAAGAUCUCUGUAAGCUUGAAGCUUGCAGACAGGGAGGAGUUCCAAGUUGAAGUGCUGGCGUAUACCUCUGACGACCACAGCCUAGUCUCCUCGAAGCAAGACCACAGCUGUCUGAUUGCAACUGGGGUGGAAUCGCGCGAGGAGGAUACAAUGACCUGUCUUCACAGAGCUUCCUUGCCAGAAGGCCAGACAGACAUCACUGUGCUCAUUGUGAAAACAGACAAGGAGGCGAAUGCAAUUGCAUCAAGUCUAGUGCUCCAUGGUGGUAAGCCUGACGUCGAUGAGAAUGUGGGAGUCAUCAUCGGAGCAGUUGUUGGUGCCAUAAUAGGAGUGGCACUGGUUGCUUUUCUGGUCAUAUACUGCAUGAGGAAGAAGGAGCCAGAAACUGCCAGCCAGUCAACAUCUUACAAAUACAGCGAAGCCAAACAAGAGGAUAAGGGAGAGGGUGCCACUACCAACGCCAGUGAAGAACCCUGAUUCAGAAGAAGGAAACCGAUGUAGAUAGAAGGGGCAGGCAGCGCUGACUUGCAUGACUGUGUGACUCAUCCACCAGAUGCUACUUUGAACAGCCUGUAACAAUAUAUAUAUAUAUAUAUAUAUAUAUAUAUA